AUGAAUGAUACCUUUUUAUCCCCCGGAUCCCUCGACGACGUGCGCAGCACCACGAGCGUCGCAAAUGGCGGAUCGAAUCUUCCCGGGCGGCCCGUCUCCGCAAGAGCCGAUCGGCGGGUGCAUCGUGAGGAAUUGACUGGGCUAAAAUCAACUGAUUAUUCCGUACGGAGUACUCCGUACCGGAGUACAGUGUCAGCGAAGUCGUUAUCACUCUGGGCCAUGAAGCUAAGGAAACGUCGAUUCGAAUCAACCCGUCCCCGGUCGCAGCCUCGAAAUGUCUUAUUGGACAGCCUGUUUCAGUACCCUUGCGGGCGUACUUUGACUGUGGAAAGAUUCCAUUUCCCCUCCAGGGCACACGGACAGGCUAAUGACUGGGAUUUACCUUUACCGCCUUGCCAUCAAGGUGCCUCGGAACGUCAAGAGCCAGCCAGACAAUAG